AAAAAAAAAAAAAAAAAAAAAAAACAAAAAAACAAAAUUUUGGAACAUUUUCUUUUGUUUGAAUAAUUGGCAAUAAUUGACGCAGCUGAUUCUACAUUAACUGAAGAUGUGAAGCUAUUCGUCAGUAGCUGAAGAAACAUGAAGGUCAUAAGAAGUAAAAUUUACGGCGCCAUCGAAUGGCUUUUAGUCAUUCUGCUGUUUGUGCAUCAAAGUGGGAAGGUGCUUUCCGAUGAUUAUGGCAACAUUGCAGGUCAAUGGAAGGUACAAUAUGGUGGUCAAAACGACUCUGUGGAAACACUUGAUUUAUGGACUUCGAGAAGAGAUGUUUUGCCAUUGACGAUAUAUGAUGUGGCAGGAACUGCUGAUAAUCAGGAUUCAUAUUUCGAAAUUUAUGUGGAAAAUGAAAAAUUGGCCAAGGUGCAGGAGGAGAAGCUUAUCACCAUAAGAGAUUUUCCAAGUCCAGACAAAUGGCAAGGCGAAUUCGCUGUUAAUGGCUUACAUUUUGGUUACACUAGGUUAUAUGUGAAACUAGUGGAUCCCGUGACAAGUCGUUCGGAGCAUAGUAUUCAAAGCCUGGAGGUGGUUGUGAGACGUACCAAACGUGUGGCUGAUAAUACCCUUACUUAUACAGCUGCGGCCAUAGCUCUGCUGAUGUUUAUAAACUUGGGUACCGUUUUGGAUUUGCAACGUUUGGUCAACAUUUUUAGCCGACCAAUUGGACCCCUGCUGGGUGUUUGCUGUCGCUAUAUCAUAAUGCCUGGUUUGGCCUUGGGUCUGGGUGCUUUGAUGUUCAAAGACAACAAGCCACUGCAAUUGGCUGCAUUUUUCACUGCCAUUACGCCCAGUGGUGGUAUUGCCAAUAUUUGUAAUAUCUUCCUAAGGGGUAAUGUGAACCUCUCAUUGGCCACAACGACGGUGAAUAGUAUCCUGGCCUUGGGCAUGUUACCUUUGUGGGUGUUUCUAAUGGGUCCCGUCCUGUAUCCAGAACAUAAAUUCGAUUUACCCUUCAUUGAUUUGGGCGUGGGAUGUGUUGGCCUUUGCCUGGCCUUAGUGGUGGGUGUGAUGUUACGCAUGUGCAUACCCAAGACGAUACGUUUUAUUUUCCGUUUCCUGAAGCCCCUAUCCAUAGUGCUCAGUUUGUGUUUGGUGGCAUUGACGGUGGGUUUGAAUUACUACAUUUUUGGUGAAAUAACAUUAUUGAUCUUCUUGUUGGCCUUGUGCCUACCUCUGCUGGGCUAUAUUCUAUCGUUUAUCCUUACGAAAUUGCUAUGCCGUACAGCCACCGAUUCUAUGACCAUUGCCAUAGAGACGAGUGUGCUGAAUAUGAGUCUACCCAUAGUACUGCUGGAGUACACUAUGAGCCAACCAAUGGCCGAUAUGCUGAUUGUGGUGCCGAUAACCUCGGCUUUAGUAUCCCUAUGUUUAGUUCUAAUAUUUUAUAUUGUACGAAGGAUUUUCGGCUGGAAUCGUCCAGUGGAUCGAGACUGUUUCGAUGAGAAGGCAUUUUUGGUGGAGGAAAAUUAAGCUGUGAUUUAGAAAUGAUAUAUAAUCCUUAGAUUUAAGAAUAUAAAUAUCCUAACUCUUAAGAAAUAGAAAACGACAAUGAAUCUGGAGAUGAAAUGCGAGCUUUGAGAUCGAAAGAAAUAUACAUACAUAUUAUAUAUUUUA